AUGCCGUCCAAUAAGACAGAGAAGAAACGAAAGCGCGACUCCGAUCGCCAUGAGCGCCCGAGCAAAAAGCCCGCUCGGGAUCUACAAGCUCUUCCUCCGCUGGCAGCCAGCGUCGUGGACGACAGCAGCGAAUUGGCGCCAGUAAUCACAUCCACUCCCGGCCUUCAAACCUCAGAGACGCUCCGUUACACCCCGUACAGCAAAACUCGUGACCAUGUCUCGAAAUCGGCAACACCCGGCCGAAACCCAGGCAUCGUGUCCUCUGAAUUGCUUUUGCAAUCGUCCGAUCAUGCAAAAAUGGACUUUGUCGGUCGUGAGGGCAACGAGGACGCUGCGGACUCGCAGAUAAAACACUACAUCGCCGUCGUGGAUCCAGAGCGCAAGACAUGGCAAGUCGUGGAGGCGCGGAGGAUGAAAGUGCGAGGCGCAGUUCGGAGCAAGAAGGCGAGCCAAGAGGAGGCAGAGUCAGAGGACGAAGCAAUGUUCUCGAUGCGCGCGCAGCGCACCGCGUUGACCAACACCUUCGGCACAAAGCAGGCAAAGAAAUCCGCCCAGUCGUUUGCAGAGAAUGCUCAGCUGUCGAACGCACCAGAUGGUGUCGUCUCGCAAGCCGGCGCGGCACUUCUCUCCUCGCUGCCAGCUGAUGCGACCACUGGUGCGGUGAAAGCCCAUAACCUGCAGGCUGAGGUGCAAGCUGCCAAGCCUCUGCCCACACCAGAUCUCUCUGCUGCUCACCCGUCUGAUGUCUAUCCACUUGAGACACUUGUUCCAAAUGGCCACUCUACGCUGCGCCAGCUUACCCAGGUGGAAGAAUGGCAGGAGCAGGCUGAGCAGGGUCGCGCUAUCAGCACAGUCUCACGAUUUGUCUCCAACCGUAUCGGUCCAGUUAUCCAGUCCGGUAAUAUCACCCAACUGCAAGUCCUGCGCCUCAUCCAGCUCCUGGUUGAAUUCGGUCGGUGCCUGAAGAGCGGAGGCCGUGAUUCCAAGGGCUCCGCUGCCCCAGGCAGUAAGCGGCUGCCACCUCGCGAGGACCUCCGCCGGAUUCUCUCGAGCACUACCGGCGCAGCCAAGGGUGGCAAGCAGUCUACAGACACUGCUCCACAUGACCUGCUCCCAGACUCAGUAAUCGACGCCGUUCGCCGCCGUUUUGCGCCUACCGGUGGCGUGGUCUCCAAGCACGACCUUACUCUGCUGCACACUACUAUUUGUGCUCUCUCACUGCAUAUCCCUCCACAGCCUGCCAAGGAUGGUGGCUCCAGCUCCCUCGGUGGGAAUUCUCCCAAUGAGCUUGCUACCGAUCCCGCUGAUCUGCGGGAUGACCUGCGCCUCGACUCGAACACUGUCUACCAGUAUUUCCGCGAGCUAGGCUGCCGCAUUGACCGGCCACGCGAGUCGGAGUUCAGCAAGUGGAAUAUCAAGGGUGGUAAGGCCGAGGCUCAUGCGCGUCGUGUGGCUCGUCUGCGUGUGCCUGUGGAGUUUCCCAAAGUUAGCCGUGGCGGGCGGAAGUAG